AUGUCGAAGCGACCCGAGUCGGUGCGCCUGCCAGCCCAACGCGAGGGACACGGCGACGCCUCGCGCCACGCUGGAUUAGCUGUUGCGUCCCCCAGUCUCAACCGCCCCGACGACUCCCGCUGGUCGCAGCAAACGCUGCCCACGUGGAAGCCCAUCUUGACCUUGUGGUGGACCAUCGUGAUCCUUUUCGCGAGCGCAAUUGGGUGCCUCGUAUUGGGCAUCCUCAUUUGCCGCAGCAGCUCUCAGCUAAGCGUCUACCGCGUAUUGUACGACGGCCCGGACCAGCUCGAUGCGACGCAGGAGGACGGGUCUGUGGCGCAUCUAAGCAACUGCCACGUGUCCUCGCCCGCAGACGCCAACUCGUUCAGUGGCCAACACACGUGCUACGUUACGAUCCGCGUCACAAAAGAUUUUGUCAGCGAUGGUCAUCUCUACUACGAGCUCGAUCCAUUUUACCAAAACCACCGUCGCCUCGUCGCUUCGCAAGAGCCCAGCCAGCUUAUGGAUAUCUGGGCUGCCAACGCCCUCGGCACAACGAACUGCGACCCACUCGUAAUGGUCACAUCAACCGCGUGCUUCGGUACUGUCUGCAACGGCUCUGAACAAUUGCGGCAGCUCUAUCCGUGCGGCCUGGUCUCGAAUACCAUGUUCAACGAUAUCUUCUGGCUUCACAAUGGAUCAGUUCCCAACGGCCCUGCCCUUGGCCACAGCGACCUCACGCACGAAGGUAUUGCCAAGUCAUUUCUGACGUACAAUGUCAAGAACCCAAGUGGGUCGUUGGAUUUGGCAACGUACCUCCCCAUUUGGCACAACCCAAACUACAGUCGCAUCGUACCGAUGCCAGACCGCCCGAACCCUCCUUCGAUUACGCCCGACUACUCCAACAGCACGGCGUGGACAACCACAGCGCCGCCGGGCACCGGACUUGAAAACGAAUGGUUCCGCGUGUGGAUUGAUAUCACAGCGACACCGAUGGUACGCAAGCUCUACGGCCGCAUCGCCCAGGCCAAGUUGCGCAACGGGACUGAACUCACGUUUGCGGUCCAAUCCAACUUUUUCUCUGGCGGCACCAAGUCGCUCGUGCUGGCAGAGCUCGCGUGGUACGGCAGCGAAAACAAGCCGCUGGGUGUCGCUUUCGUUGUCGUCGGCGUGUUUUGCGCGCUGGCGGCGCUUGUCUUCUUUGCCCGAGCGCUGCGGAACCCCCGCAAGCUUGGCGACGUCUCGGCACUUAAAUGGAAGCUGCAUUAA